AUGUUCAACUCGAUGACCCCACCGCCAGUCAGUAGCUAUGGCGAGCCCUGCUGUCUCCGGCCCCUCCCCAGUCAGGCCCCCAGCAUGGGGACAGAAGGACUGCCUGGUCUGCCCUUCUGCCACCAGGCCAACCUCAUGUCUGGCCCCCACAGUUAUGGGCCAGUUAGAGAGACCAACAGCUGCACCGAGGCCCCGCUCUUCCCUCCUCCCCGAGGUUCAGUCAAGUUGACCAAGAAGCGGGCACUCUCCAUCUCGCCUCUGUCAGACGCCAGCCUGGAUCUACAGACAGUUAUCCGCACCUCACCCAGCUCCCUUGUGGCCUUCAUCAACUCACGCUGUGCAUCUCCUGGGGGCUCCUAUGGUCACCUCUCCAUCGGCACCAUGAGCCCCUCUCUGGGAUUCCCACCCCAGAUGAAUCACCAAAAAGGGACCUCGCCUUCCUUCGGGGUCCAGCCCUGUGGUCCCCAUGACCCCACUCCAGGUGGGAUGAUGCCGCAUCCUCAGUCCCGGGGACCCCUCCCAGCUUGCCAGCUGAAGUCUGAGCUGGACCUGCUGGUUAGCAAGUGCCCAGAGGAGCCCUUGGAGGGUGAUAUGUCCAGCCCCAACUCCACAGGCACACAGGAUCCCCUGCUGGGGAUGUUGGAUGGGCGGGAGGACCUGGAGAGAGAGGAGAAGCCUGAGCCUGAGUCUGUGUAUGAGACUGACUGCCGCUGGGAUGGCUGUAGCCAGGAAUUUGACUCCCAGGAGCAGCUGGUGCACCACAUCAACAGUGAGCACAUCCAUGGGGAGCGGAAGGAGUUCGUGUGCCAUUGGGGGGGCUGCUCCAGGGAGCUGAGGCCCUUCAAAGCCCAGUACAUGCUGGUGGUGCACAUGCGCAGACACACGGGGGAGAAGCCACACAAGUGCACGUUUGAGGGGUGCCGGAAGUCAUACUCACGCCUCGAAAAUCUGAAGACGCACCUGCGGUCACACACGGGUGAGAAGCCAUACAUGUGUGAGCACGAGGGCUGCAGUAAAGCCUUCAGCAAUGCCAGUGACCGAGCCAAGCACCAGAAUCGGACCCACUCCAAUGAGAAGCCGUAUGUUUGUAAGCUCCCUGGCUGCACCAAACGCUACACAGAUCCUAGCUCGCUCCGGAAACACGUCAAGACAGUGCAUGGUCCUGAUGCCCAUGUGACCAAGCGGCACCGAGGAGACGGCCCCCUGCCCAGGGCACCGUCUCUGUCCACAGUGGAGCCCAAGAGGGAGCGGGAUGGAGGCCCCAUCAGGGAGGAGAGCAGACUGACCGUGCCGGAGGGGACCGUGAAGCCACAGCCCAGCCCUGGGGCCCAGUCGUCCUGCAGCAGCGACCACUCCCCAGCAGGCAGUGCCGCCAACACAGAUAGUGGUGUGGAAAUGACUGGAAAUGCAGGGGGCAGCACUGAGGACCUGUCCAGCUUGGAUGAGGGGCCUUGCAUUGCUGGCACUGGUCUGUCCACUCUUCGACGCCUUGAGAACCUCAGACUGGACCAGCUACAUCAACUUCGGCCGAUGGGGCCCCGGGGCCUCAAACUGCCCAGCCUGACCCAUACUGGCACCCCUGUGUCCCGCCGCCUGGGCCCCCCAGUUUCUCUUGACCGCCGCAGCAGCAGCUCCAGCAGCGUCAGUUCAGCCUAUACCGUCAGCCGCCGCUCCUCCCUGGCCUCCCCUUACCCCCCUGGUUCCCCGCCCGAGAACGGGGCAUCCUCUCUGCCCGGCCUCACCCCUGCCCAGCACUACCUGCUCCGGGCAAGAUAUGCUUCAGCCAGGGGAGGUGGUACCCCACCCACGGCAACACCCAGCCUGGAUCGGAUGGGGAGCCUUCCUGCACCUCCCUGGAGAAGCCGAGCUGAGUAUCCAGGAUACAACCCCAGCGUAGGGGUCACCCGGAGGGCCAGUGACCCGGCCCGGGCUGUUGACCGUCCUGCCCCAGCCAGAGUCCAGCGGUUCAAGAGCUUGGGUUGUGUCCACACGCCCCCCACCAUGGCAGGGGGAGGACGGAACUUCGAUCCCCAACUCCCAACCGCUGUCUACUCACCACAGCCCCCCAGCAUCACUGAGAAUGUCGCCAUGGAUACCAGAGGACUGCAGGAGGAGCCAGAAGGUGGGACCUCCAUGAUAGGCAGUGGUCUAAACCCCUAUUUGGACUUCCCACCCACUGAUACUUUGGGAUAUGGGGGACCCGAAGGGGCAGCGGCUGAACCUUAUGGAGCUAGGGGUCCAGGCUCCCUGCCUCUUGGGCCUGGUCCACCCACCAAUUAUGGGCCAAACCCCUGUCCCCAGCAGGUGUCCUAUCUUGAACCCCCCCCUGAACCAUGGGGUGAGUUCCCUUCCCACUCCGGGCUGUACCCAGGCCCCAAGGCUCCAGCUGGAGUCUACAGUCAGUGUCCUCGUCUUGAACAUUACGGACAAGUGCAGGUCAAACCAGAACAGGGGUGUCCAGUGGGUUCUGAUGCCACAGGACUGGCGCCCUGCCUCAGUGCUCACCCCAGUGAUGGGCCUCCUCGUCCACAGCCUCUGUUCUCCCACUACCCCCAGCCUCCUCCUCCCCAAUAUCCCCAGUCAGGUGCCUAUACCCAGCCAACCCCUGAUUAUCUUCCUUCAGAGCCCAGGCCUGGCCUGGAUUUUGAUUCCCCCACUCACUCCACAGGACAACUCAAGGCUCAGCUGGUGUGUAAUUAUGUUCAGUCUCAACAGGAACUGCUCUGGGAGGGUGGGGGCAGGGGAGAUCCCCCAGUCCAGGAAGCUCUCUACCAGAGUCCCAAGUUUCUAGGGGGUUCCCAGGUUAGCCCAAGCCCUGCCAAGGGUCCAAUGGCCACAUAUGGACCUGGCUUUGCACCUAACUUGCCCAAUCACAAGUCGGGCUCCUAUCCCGCCCCUCCAACCUGCCAUGAAAAUUUUGCAGUGGGGGCAAACAAGGCCCCCCAUAGGGCAACAGCACCACCCCGACUUCUGCCCCCACUGCCCACUUGCUAUGGGACCCUCAAGGCAGGGAGCACCAACCCCAGUUGUGGUCAUCCUGAGGUGGGCAGGCUGGGAGGGGGUCCUGCCUUGUACGCUCCUCCUGAAGGGCAGGUGUGCAACCCUCUGGACUCUCUUGACCUUGACAACACUCAGCUGGACUUUGUGGCUAUUCUGGAUGAGGCCCAGGGGCUGAGUCCUCCCCCUUCCCAUGAUCAGGGGGACAGCUCUGAACACACCCCACCUCCCUCUGGGCCCCCCAACAUGGCUGUGGGCAACAUGAGUAUCUUACUGGGAUCCCUGCCUGGGGAGACACAAUUCCUCAACUCUAGCGCCUGAAGAGUGAGGAAUCCCAGGAAUCACAGAUCGAUUUCCUAAGGGGUUUCCAUUCCCUCAGAGAAGUUGGGAUGAGGAGCCAUAGCCCCUUGGGAUGCCCCAUGGAUGGGAGGUAUGGGUGGGGCUGUAUACCUUCUGUAUAUGUUUUGGGGAGGAAUUUGAUAAUGACACUGUUUCUGGAUAAUAAAGGAACUGCAUCAGAAAGCGCCCUGCUUUACACUUUCCUAUCUUGGGGGGGGGUGAUGACAGGGAACAAGAAGAGAAGUAGAGGUUAAUCC